CCUGUUCCUUCAUCCCCUUGGUGCUUGCGGUGCACGUUUCCACUUGGUGGUUGCUGUCACAGGUGAAGAAGUUUCCAACGUUCCGUUGUUUUCGUCGCUUUUGCAUCGCUUGUCGGGAAGGAUGGUGAACAAUUUCGCGGUUGCGAAAUACUGCGACGAUGUCAUCGAAGCCGUACCAGUUGGUUAUAUUAAACAGAAAGACAACGUGGAACUCCGCGUGCUUAAGUGUUACAAAGUGGAUUGGGUAGAGGACAUCGAUUUGGAGCAUCUCAAUUCCCUCGAAGGCGCCCAGUACUUCAAAGCGCAGUUGCUACAAUUCGCAGACACUGUUGAAGAGGCGAGGCUUCAGAAAGUGGCUUGCAUUAAUUCGGAAGCAGAUGCAAACCCUACAGCCUCUAAGAGUGCAAGAGCCAAAACAGCAAAGGGACGAACCUCGCAAUGGUCCCACAUCUUGAGCCAACACCAAAAGGCGAUCAGGAAAAACCCUGCUUUCCAUGCAGGUGCCAGCGCAUGCAGCACGAGUGAACAGGAUGACGAGAUAUCUUGGAUGAGUUAGCAAUUGGUCUUCGCAGCCUGUGGUGUGCCGUGCAAUUGCUUCAUUGAUUCUGUCUAUGUUCUCGAUGUCUCCUGUGUCUUCAUUCAUAUGCAAUCUUCAGGUUCUUCCAACACAAGCCUUCAUGCUCUACACGAUUGAUCGAAGUAUCACUGCCUUCAAUGAUGAGACUUCUGUGUGCCCUUGCAUUCCAUAGUCUUCAGAGCGCUAUAACAAGUUGGAACGGAAGUACCUCAAGCUGAAAGACAGACUGAAGGACACCAGAGCUGAGCUUGAAGAGGUCCAGGAGCUCAAUCACAACCUACAACGAGCCUUGCUGGAAAAAAUAGGUACUUCAAAGGACCAUCCUCGGCCAUUUGUCGCUGCAGCCUCCCCAAUGUUGGAGACUGGAUCACCUGCAUCUCAAAGGCCACCCUCACGGGAUGACAUUUGUAUUUUUGAAGAAGAUGAUGGAUUGGUCCGGUUCCCCAAUGUUGGGAUUCAAAUAUGCUCGCAACUGUGGCAGGACCUGCAGCAACAGAAGGAUAGCCACUUUGUAAAAAGCCUUGCUGUGGCAAUAUGGGGUACCGAGACUCUAAUGGAACGCACAUUGACAGGGUCCCUCUGCAACAGCAGAAAACAGGCGGACCAGCAGCCAUGGCCGCGUUUGUCUCCUAUCAAGGUGUCACUAAUUAAGGGGAGCCUGAGGAGGAAGUUGGAGGCUGAAAGUGAGCCUGCAGCAAAGAUAGAAAGCAGUCUCGAAAAAGUAAACAGAUACCUUGCAGAAAAGAUCAACGAUCUUCGCAAGAGUGCAAGAAGAGUAGCUGCUAUGUCUACAGAAUAAAAGUGUUAAGUUUCA